UUAUUUGAGGUAGUUGUUUGUUGAAAACAAUUUCACAAUUUAAAAACUAAAACAGAAUAAUACAAAUGUUCAGUACUAAGAACGAGUAAUUUAAUACACAUAUAUUUCGGUUUUAGCUAAAAAUGUCUUCAAUCGGCGGUGAUAACGAUGAUGCAUACAUCGCAAAGUUGCGGGGUUUACCUUGGUCGGCGACUCCAGAUGAUAUUCUUAAUUUUUUUGACGAUUGUAAUAUUUUGGACGGAAAAGACGGCAUACACAUGACUACAUCUAGAGAAGGACGGCCUAGCGGUGAAGCUUUCGUAGAAUUCGAAUCUGAAGAUGAUUUAGACACAGCUUUGCAAAAGGAUAGAGAACACAUUGGGAAUAGGUACAUUGAGGUUUUUAAGGUGAACAAGGCUGAAAUGGAAUGGGUGGUAAAACGGUCAGGUCCUUCAUCUGACUUGAAUGAUGAUGGAUGUGUUAGGCUUAGAGGGCUACCCUUUGGCUGUUCUAAGGAAGAAAUUGCUCAAUUUUUUACAGGGUUGGAGAUUGUACCCAACGGAAUAACCCUUCUCACUGACUACUCGGGGCGAAGUUCUGGGGAUGCGUAUGUUCAGUUUGUUAACCGAGAAGUAGCAGAGAAAGCUCUGCUGAAACAUCGAGAAAAGAUCGGACACAGAUAUAUAGAAAUUUUCCGAAGUAGCUUGUCCGAAGUGGACACCGUAAUGAGUUUUCGAGGAAACUCCAUGGGAGUUUCGGGAAGACGUAUGGGCGGCGGGUCCAGCAUGUUCAGUUCCAGACCAGGCCCGUACGAUAGAGACCCGCGGUAUGGUGGCGGCGGCGGCGGUCGCUUUGGUAGCUCCAGAGGAUCGCGCAGUUUCAAAGAUUACAGUAGCUACGACCGGCCCUCGCCUUGGAGCAGCAGUCAGCGCAAUGGUGGCGAUAUGGGUUCUAGAAGUAGCUGGGAUUCUUGGGGCGGCAGCGGCGGCGGUGGAGGCGGCGCUGGCGUACAUUGCGUGCAUAUGAGAGGCUUACCUUUUAAAGCGACUGAACAUGACAUUGCUGAUUUUUUCAAGCCUGUGGUACCAAUUUUCGUUCGAAUGAUUCAAGACUCCUCUGGACGAGCUUCGGGGGAAGCUGACGUAGAAUUCGUCAAUCACGAAGACGCUGUUAGAGCCAUGAGCAAGGACAAAGGUCACAUGCAACACAGAUAUAUCGAGUUGUUCCUGAACUCGUCGGGAGGACAAAGCAACGGUGGAUUCUCGUAUGGAAUUGGUCGAAGACGAAUGUAAAGAUCAGUUCCCUUUUUUUUAUCAUGCACAUGGAGCCAGUAGAAUAUCAGUUUGACUGUAGAUUCGAAUUUAAUAAUUCCUUUGUGUUGUGGUCCGUUGAUGUUUUCUUUUCGAAUUAUGUUGGUCCCUCGUAGCCAUAUAAUGAUGUGAUAACUCAUUGUACUCUGUACGACACUUGAAAUUAGUAAAUACAUUAAGAAAGUAGUCAGACUUAUAGGCUUUUGUACUUAAUCUUGACAAUAUUUUGUAAAUGAUCAAGUAAGCGCAGAAAAGUGACUUUUUUUUAUUGACUCAGAUUUUUAUAUUUUCCUUUGAACGAGCAAGUUAGCGGGACCAAGUAGAUAAGAUACGGUAAACCCUUUAGAUAUUCUACUGGCCAAUGCCAAUUUAUCACUUAAUUUAAUCGCCUUUGGUGCAGUAUUUUUUAUUUCUCUAUAAUGCAAAUGAAUAUGCAAGAAUUCCAAUAGAUUGUAUGUAUGCAA